AUGUUUUAUGGGUUGUGCUUAUCUGAUGCGCUGUACCCUCGUCAAGUCGUCACUCGCAACGGUCUCGUUGUCUCGCCUACCCGCGUCGAGCAGGCGAGUUCUCACUGUAGCUCUCUUCACGACAACACAGACACAGUGAGGAUUGUUCUGUUGGGGAAGAAUGCGUCAGAAAACAGUCUCGUGGGAAACCUAAUCUUAGGGACAGAUGCGUUUAAGAGUGAAGCUCCUCCAGAUGUUGUAAAGAGAGUCUCAGGAAGACUGAAGGACAGACACGUGAUCAUCAUCAACAGUCCUCAGCUGCUCCAGACCAACAUCUCAGAUCAUCAGAUCACACAGACAGUGAGAGAGUGUGUCCAUCUUUCUGAUCCAGGACCUCAUGUCUUCAUACUCGUACUUCAGCACAAACACUUCACUGAGGACGACCUGAGAAGAGUCAAACACCUGCUCAAACUAUUCAGUGAAGAUGCCAUUAAACACACGAUAGUGAUCACCACUGAUGAACAGACACGCAGAGCUAAAAGGACAUCUGUGAAACCCAAUACAUUCAUUCAGCAGUUAACAGCAGAGUGUGGAGGAGGACAUGUUCACAUUAAGGAUAAAACAAAAAUUGUCUCUCAGAUUUUCAAAACAGUAAAGAAUACACGGAAGAGAAAAUAUUGUGAGACAACUAUAGAAACACCAAAGAUUGGCUCAUCAGAGGACACAGAAGACAGCAGAGCUGUGGAUUCUGAUCUCUCAGAAAAUGAAAACACUGAUGAGAGCCAUAAAGUGAAAAAGGGAAAGAGAAGCACAUCCAGUUUACCACAGACCCCAAACCCUUGUAAAAGUCUUCAUAGUUCAUAG